UCCAGUUAACGAAGCAUACACAUCCUCUCAAACACGUUAAAUAACACCAAUAUGGCAGUUUAUUCAGACCGCUUGUUAUGGAGGACUUACUAUGUGCUGUUGCUUUUCGUUUCGGUGGACAUAGCUUCAUCAGGUAACGUGCGACUGUAUGGACAUAAAACCAAGUACGAGGGAGGAAUAGAGAUAUACUACGACUCCCUACAAACCUGGAACCCGUUAUGUGGAGACUGCUGGACAAACUACUCCGCCAACGUGGCCUGUAAGGAACUGGGAUUUAGUGGCGGUAUACGGGCAAAUAUACCUUUUAGUAGGCCAGGAGUAAUAACAGCUUAUUUUGACUGCCCUACUGGAAAUGAAGCCAACCUUUCGAGUUGCGCAUUUUACACAUAUCCACAAUGCAAUCCUUGUAUUACAGCGGCAGGUGUUUUGUGUGCAGUUGAUGGAGGUUGGAGUCAGUGGAGUUAUUAUGGAGGUUGUUCAGCGACUUGCGGCGAGGGGGUUCAGAAGUGGAUUAGGUCGUGUAACAAUCCAACACCUCUAAAUGGCGGAUUUAUAUGUGCAGGCAGUAACAUAUCUCGUGGAAUAUGUAACGAAAGGAUAUGCCCAAUUUAUGGAGGUUGGAGUCCAUGGAUGUCUUAUGGACCUUGUUCAGUGACUUGCGGGGAGGGGGUUCAGACCGAAAAAAGGUUGUGUAACAAUCCAACACCCCAAUAUGGUGGGUCGGCAUGCGCAGGCAGAAACAAAAUUGUUGGAUUCUGUAACGAAAGGCCAUGCCCAAAAACAUGGAACGAAAGCUGUUUGAUGAAUUCCGACUGCACUGAUCACCUGACAUGUAACGACAGGUAUAAUACCUGUGAUUGUAUGCGUGUAACGGACGUUUGGGAUCCAGUUCAUAUGAUAUGCCUAUCAAGUUUGGAGUUCCUUGCGAUAUAUUCACCAGAGAGACUAGACUUCGCCUCUGCUACCAAGUACUGCACUAACAAUAUGACAGGCUUCCUGGCUACUCGCGACUUCAUGAAUAACAUGUUCCUCACAUGCAUGGACACUAACCAUGAUAUAUGGCUGGCCAACACCAUAGAAACAACGAGUACAAACGAUGGAGAAACUAAUGAGGUGGGAAUGUGUACAACAGGCGGUGUAAUCCAAGCGUCCGAAAUGUUGUUGACGAGUGUGAACUGUAGCGAGAACCGAAAUUUUGUUUGUGUCGUCAACAGAACACACAUGCCCUUGGUAACCAAUGAGACCUUUUGUUCCGGAUUUAUCAGUGUCCAAUUAAACACUGACAGCGGUGACAUCCCGUUAGGUACUAUGGUCGUCGCGGUAGUUACCUGUGCAAUGGUGUUACUAGUGGCAGCUGUCAUCAUCUGUAUCUUACGAAAUAAACUGUCCAAGGGCGGUACAACUAGCGGUUCCAUAAAUACUGAACUAGAGGUUAGAUACAACAACACUGCUACUCCGGUCGCCGACCAGGAAGACCCUGAUCACCUGUCACAUGAGGAGGCUGGUCCAGCGAUAGAAACCGAUCACUAUGGUUACGGAAUUCUGGGUAAAACUUCAGGGGCUGAGAGGAAUCCCGUAGGAAUUGAUGACGACGACUUUUACUCUCACACAAACACAAAUCAACCAUUCGGUAGUGAAUACGAUGUCUUUGAGAGGAAAAAAGAAGAUAGGGACGAGUCGGGUAUCUACGAUCACACUAAACCUGGGGGGAUGGAAGAAGGACAAUAUGACGAAUUCCAAGAUCCAAAAUCGUCGUGUGUGAACAACGACGAUUUUAUCUACAAUACAGACACCGAUGAGUUCCCAUAAACAAAAAUACUUUAUCUAGUUGUCCUCCAUCUUCAGUUCGAAUGAGCGGAAGAUGUUUUCAGUCCGUCCUUUUACCAAACAUUCUUUGUACCAAUAACUUACCUAGAAUGUUAAUAUAUACAAUAUUCCAACAUUGAUAAGAGAUAUGCGAAAUUCAUAAUUAUUUGUUUAGGUUUUGGGUACAUGUAUUUCUUCAAUUUCAAUUUCUCUUAAUAUUGAUAUAUUUUAGUCAAACUAUAAUGGUGUGCUGGCCAAUUUCAAUUAUUAGCAUAAUAUGUGCGUAAUAAGGAUAUGGGCACUUCCUCCUUUGUGACAGAUUGUUCGUCUCCGAUUAACAUCUUUUGUAUUUGUCAUUGAUUUGCACUAGGUUUGAAAUGAGUUUUGCAUAAUGUCCAUGCCCGGUGCAGUUUUGAAAAGGACUGAACUAUGAACAUUGUCAACGAUAUUAAAGGAACUCAGUUUGGUUGUCGUUAACCUUCCCUAAUGACAUACACGUUUUCACCCCAUUAGAUAUAAAGUAGUAUUACUAUUAUCAUAAGAAGAUGGUUUAAAUCUGUGUAAUUACGGACUUUGGAUAUUUUUCACUUUGUUUCAGAAAAUCAAAUAUCACUACAAAUCAAUCGUAAAUAUGAAAAAGAUUAAUAGAAUCUUCCCCUACCUUGAAGGUGUGAUAGAGAAAUCUCAACCCCGAGGGGUGAUUUUUUUGGUUGCCUAACCCGAGGCCCUGCCGAGGGUAAGAUAACCAAAGAAAUUACCCCGAGAGUUGGAGAUAACUCUGUGACACCCUCAAGGUAGGGGAUGAUUGUUUUUCUCCCAAUCCGUUAUUUCAGUCACAACUCCACCAUCAGUAGCGUAAACAAAAACACCUGUUGAUGACGUCACAAUUACCAGUAACGCAUUUUAAUGACGUCUCAAUUAAACACGUGCUAAUCGGCACGAGGUUAACUUCCCCCUCGGGGUUGACAAGCUGAUCUUUCCCGACUAAAACGGGAGACACACCUGUGAAGGAUGGGAGAAAUUCAUAUCCAUAUGUACUGCUUUAUUUCAGAACAUUUUGUAGUAUAUAUCUAUAUAGUAAUUGUAUACAUUUACAUACACAUAUUUAUACUGGAUUAUAUCAUUAUAUUUUUUCAAAUAUAAUUCUUAAACCU